UGGAUGUCACAUCGUUGUUCUUUAAUUGUUUUGUGUUUUGUAAUGCACUGUAAAAAGUGGCAUCCUGCAGUUGUUGCCUUAAAGAGCUACUUCCCCUAUUUUUGCCAUGAAAUGGUUUCGUUAUAAAUUAAUGUAUUUACAUUGAUUAAAUGGUAUUAGUAUUUUUUUAUGGCUUGAAUGAAAUCAACUAAUUUAUCUUAAAAUCUGUUAUAUCUGGUUCCUUUGUUAACAACGUACCCCACGUACCGUGACAACAUGACCCUCUAUAUGCCAAAAUGGUUGAAAUGGACUUUUCUGGACCACGACAAAAAGUCUCGCAUCUAUACAAAAAGAGUACAACAAACCAAAAAUAUAUAUUCUGUGUAAAAAGUGAGUUCUCUAAUCUGCAGAUUUUAAGAAUCGUUUUUGGCAAUAACAUUGGAAACAACUUUUUAAAGUCAAUGCUUUAAGGUCUGCGCCAGGAAUUGACAAUAAAAAAUAUUCAUAAGAAACAUUGAGCAUAAAAUGCGUGACAACUAGCCCCGGUCUCUAUAAUGCGUGCAGGGUUUUUUUGCACGAAGACUCAAUCUUAAGGUAUAGGUCUUAUUGAUGUGUCAUGAAAAAGCAAUAAAAGACUCUAAAUUGUAUUUUUCAGGAAUGUAUUAAUGAUGUUUAUUUCUGGGAUAAUUAAUUUAGGACACAGCUUGGGCACGCAAUCUGUAUAGGGCGCGUCGCACACAUAAAUUUGACGAGGAGAACAGCGUGAAAGUGUUUGAUCAGACUUCAUUUCCCCCCCGACACUAGUAAACCUCCCUCUCUUCUCUUCCCUCCUCUCCACCUCUCCUCCUCGUCUCUCCUCGUCUGAGCUGCUCGUCUUAGAGGCUCGCGGAGCGUCGAGGCGACCUGAGCGCGGCGCGCGGGUGGAACGGAACGAGCUUCGCUUAAUUAACGGAGCGCGAGCCCUGCAGGAAUGCCAGCGAGGCGCUGCUUUCGAGAAGAUUGCUGUCUUCCUCGUCAUACUGCAGGGAUGCUACAGCCAGCAUGCUAUGAGACGAUCAUAUGAAUAGAAGUUCAAAUGGCAGAUCUUAAAGUCCUCUUUUGUGGUCAAGACGCUGUCCAGACCGAUCACCUUGAAUGGUCCCUAAAACACCAGCAAAGUCAUCAUUCAGUGUGUGCAGAUGAAAGGGCCCUUUCCAAUGAAGAGUGCUGCCAGGCAUAUCUGGAGGAGAAUGUUAAUGAGGCGAACAGGCUUUCAGAACCAUGGACAGCGACGCUGCCAAUUGGACGACUCUGCAAACUCAAUGAAUGGGGAUUUGACGAAGAAGUUGAGGUAUGUUACGAUGAGCAGUACGAAACAGCUUUUCCCGGUGUGGCUGACUUUACUGACCACAAAGACGGUCAGUUGUUAGCAGAGGAGACCAACUAUGAUAACUUCAGUUGGAAUUCUUCCAAAGAUCUCCAAGAAGGCGGCCCAGAGUGCUCCCUGCUGUCUGUUGACGAUUUCAUGGUGGAUUCAUCGGAAAAGUCGGUGGAUUAUGGAUUUAUAGGUGCUGUUACCUUUCUAGUUACUGGGAUUUCCUUGGUUGUCAUCUCCUACACGGUCCCACGUGACGUCAAAGUAAAUCCCGAUACCGUUUCUGCCCGGGAGAUGGAGCGGUUGGAGAGAGAGAACGCCCGGGUGGGUGCUCACCUGGACAGGUGUGUGAUUGCAGGACUGUGCCUCCUCACACUCGGUGGUGUGGUACUGUCAACCCUGUUGAUGAUCUCCAUGUAUAAAGGGGAGAUGAUCAGGAGACAAGCAUUUGCUUACUCCAAGCACCAAGCCAGACUCUACGGCUCCAUGAAUUUUAGAAGUGGCGCAAGCCCGACCGGUGCUCCUUCGCUUUUGUCUCUCGAUGAGGAUGAAGGUCCUGUUGAAGUUUUAAAUUGAAGCUGAGAUCACCAUUUUGACUUGUUAUCUCCGUAUGUUCAAUAUGUUCAAAGUAGCUUUGUGAGGAUGACACUGUAAAACACAGUUUAUAAUGCUUAAACAACAAAAUCGUUAAUGUAGUAACAUCUAAAUUUACCUUCAAAGUGCUAAAUUACUACUAAGUUCAAGUCAAAUAAACUUGACUACAAUGACUAAACUUUAAGGAUCCGAUCAGGAUAAAAUUCUACACUUUUUGCAUCGCAUUUAAUGGACAAAAUGUAACAUACCAACAUGGGCAUGAGUCCUGUUUAUGUGAAAAAAUAUAUUUGUGUGAGAUUGUGCACAUUUCCUAAACAUAUGUUCGUGUAAAUAUACAGCAUGCUUUACAAGUGCAGUUAUACAAGCCUCGGUUUUUUGAGUAUGCAAAUUUUUGCUGUCAUAGGAUCAUUUGACUAACUUGCCAAAUGUAAAUUCUUUGUGUCAUAUUUAGCCAGUCUUCACAUUGGAAAAGAAAAAGGCUUUUUUCUUCGU